AUGAUAGUGCCUGUUGUGGAAUGUCACGUCUGGCCAAAACCUCGAAUUGAUGUAAGCUUGUCAAGGCCAUUCCUCAAAACUCCAUGGCCAUGCACAGGACACGGGGGCCCGGGGGCCUCUUCACCAGACCCACCAAGCUCCAAGAAGACUAUUACAGGCCAGGAGACCUCCUUGUUGGUGGAGUUUUGCCCUACCUCAGUACUGCAGCUGCAGAUGGAACCUUUCAAAAACCACCCAGAAUUUUAUUCCCUGCACGGUAACUGUCAUUGCAGCCCAGUGCCCAAAAACUAUCAGCACAUCCUGGCCCUGGUAUUUGCCAUCAGUGAGAUCAACAAGGAUCCGGCACUUCUCCCCAACGUCACGCUGGGUUUCCGCAUCUUCGAGGACACCUACUUCGCCAGUAUGACCUACCAAGUCAGCUUGUCAUUCCUCUCCGCACGGGGUCAAGUGGUUCCUAACUACAGAUGCAGCAGACAGGAAGAGCUGCUCUCCAUCAUUGGAAGUCUCUACUCCAGAAUCUCAAUCCAGAUGGCCAAUAUCCUGGACCUCUUCAAGAUCCCACAGCUGGGUUACAGUUCAUUCAACCCCAUUCUGAGGGAGAGAACUCUAUUCCCUUCCUUCUACCAAAUUGACCCUAGUGAAGUCCCACAGUAUUUGGGAUUAAUCCGCUUACUCCUUCAUUUCCACUGGAACUGGAUUGGGAUCAUUGCUCCUGAUGAUGACAGCGGGGAAAAUUUCAUCCAGGCCCUGACACCAAUGCUUGCCCAGAACGACAUCUGUGUCGAGUUCACAAAAAGGACCUUGUCAGAAAUCUCUGUGUUUCAUACUCCUAUCACUGACUAUUUCAAUCUAGUUUCAGCGGUUUUGCAGACAGAGGCCAAAGUGGUGGUUGUCUCUGGUGACGCAAAUGCCAUACGGAAUUUAAUCAGACCCCUUUCUAGAUACAAACAAGAGACUAAAACUUCUUUUGAGAAGGUCUGGAUUGUGACGAGCCAGUGGGAAUUUGCUGCAAUGGGUUUUUUCUUUGAGUGGGGGGCUGUUCAGGCCUUCCACGGCGCUCUGUCUUUCAGAGGCCACACGAGAGAUGUGCCAGGAUUCCGCCGUUUUCUCCAGACUUUAGAUCCAUACAACCCCCAAGGAGAUGUCUUUAUCAGCAAGUGGUGGAAACUUGCAUUUUGGUGUGUGAUUCUGGAACCAGAUGUAAUUAGUAUGGGAUUACCAUACUGUACAGGGAAGGAGAAUAUUGAGAACUUGACACCCGCUGUAUUUGAAAUGAGCAUGACUGGCAACAGUUACAAUAUCUACAAUGCCGUCUAUUCUGUGGCUCAUGCACUACAUGUCACAUACUCAUUUGGAUCAAAGCAUGCAAGGAUGGGAAACGGCAAGAGGCUUCUGGAUAUCCAGCCAUGGCAGGGGCUGAAUAACUCCUCAGCCCCGACAUCUGCGGGUGAAGGAGGCAGCGGGGAUGCAGGCAAAUGCCUGCGAAUCCUCACUGGAUGCUCCCUUCAUCCGCUGCGGAUGGGACCGGGGAACUCUCCGGCCCCACCCAUGGUGGCUGAAUGGGGCAGCGGGGAUGCAGACAAAUGCCUGCGAGUACCCACCGAGUGCUCCCUUCACCUGUCGCUGACAGGGCUGCGGAAAUGCCUGGUCCCGUCAGCAAAGCUGCCCUCUUCCAGGUGUGUGGAGAGCUGCUUGCCGGGUUACAGCAGGACAGUUCAAGAAGGGGCGCCGGUUUGUUGUUAUGAAUGUUUCCGUUGUGCGGAAGGGGCCAUUUCUAACUACACAGAUGCUGAUCGCUGUGUCUCAUGCCCAGAAGAUCAAUACCCAAACAAGAACCAAGAUGGAUGUAUCUCUAAGGUCAUACAUUUCCUUUCCUAUCAAGAGAUUUGGGGGGUUGUUUUGGCUUCUCUUGCUCUUUUGCUGUUUCUCAUCACAUCAGUAGUCCUGGCAACGGUCAUUAAACAUCAAGACACGCCGAUUGUCAAAGCCAACAACCGAAAGCUAACAUAUGUCCUCCUCAUCUCCCUCCUGUUUGGUUUCCUCUGCUCCUUCCUAUUCCUUGGUCAACCCAAGAAGGUCACCUGCCUUCUCCGACAAACUGCCUUCAGUAUAAUUUUUUCUGUUGCCGUUUCUUCAAUCUUGGCAAAAACUGUCACAGUUGUUCUGGCCUUCAUGGCCACUAAGCCAGGAAACACAAUGAGGGAACUGUUGAGGGGUCAAUGGGUAAAUUCCGUUGUGCUGGCCUGUCCCCUCAUACAAGUUGCCAUCUGUUCAAUUUGGUUGGGAACCUCUCCCCCAUUCCCCAGCUUGGAUUUCCAUUCGUUGGUGAAAGAGAUCAUAGUGGAAUGUAAUGAAGGGUCAGUCACUAUGUUUUACAUUGUCCUGGGUUAUAUGGGUUUUCUGGCCAUUAUCAGCUUCAUUGUAGCUUUUCUAGCUAGGAAGCUGCCCGAUAGCUUCAAUGAAGCCAAAUUAAUCACCUUCAGCAUGCUUGUGUUCUGCAGCGUGUGGGUCUCAUUUGUGCCCACCUAUCUGAGCACUAAAGGGAAGUCCAUGGUGGCUGUGGAGGUCUUCUCCAUCCUGGCCUCUGGAGCUGGUCUCCUGGGUUGCAUCUUUCUCCCCAAGUGCUAUAUUAUUGUUCUGAGAUCUGAUCUCAAUAACAGAGUUCAUCUUAUAAGGAACAAAAAAGGGACCUAA